AUGGAGUGGCAUGGGCAACUCCCAUGGCCUGUAGUCCACUGGACAAGUGACUUAGGAGAGGAAAGAUGGGUGAAUUCCAUCUUCAGUCCUGUGUCCAAGAUCCUACCAGUGGAGGAUAUUUGGGACAAAGAAAAGGAAGAGGAGGAGGGGGAGGAAGAGGAGGAAGAGGAGGAGGAGGGAGAGGAGGAGGAGAAUGUAGACAAAGAACAUGAGAAAGAGGAAGAGAACAGGAUCAAGGCCCUUCUCGGAGCACCCCGGAAGGACUCAGUGUGGGGCCUGAUGGCUUGGCCCAGGCCCUCCCCAGAGCAAGCCAGAUGGUGGGAAGACUUUUCCCUGCCCCCACUCCGUGGAACCUGCCUCUGCCGGUGCAGACUGAGGACAAAGAUGAGGCUCCACCCGCUGCCCUCCCUGGCCUCCUGCUCUUCCUCCAAAACCGAAGAAGAGUAUAGCUGGCUAAAAAACCAGCCUCUGAUGGAGCCUUCCCUAGUUUCCAGACUGAAGACCCCCAAGGCAGUGCCCAGGAUCCCUCCCAAGGUCUCCCCUAAGAGAUCUACUGUCCCCAAGCCUGGGCAACAGCAGAGCCCAAUGUCAAUGUGGCCUCCAAUUACUAACUCCCCCUCCAAGAGGUCCACUUUUAAGGGACAACACACAUCCUCUGCCAAGGAGGCUUCCCAUACCCCAGGUGCCUGGGGCAAUCCCUUGCCUCACCUUCCUUCAAAAUAA